AUGACACUGUCUUGUCCUUACUCGAAAAAAGGAUAUAUUAAUAAAGAUUUUGUUGCUCAAAAAAAGUUUGCUCUUGAUUUAAUUAGUAUUUUACCUGAACAAGAUUUUAAUAACCGUUUAUCAAUUUCAUUAAUUAUUUUCAAUAAAAAAGCAAUUUUACAAUUUCCUUUUGUUAUUGGAAGAAAACAAAAUGAUAUUCUUAAAGAAAUUGAAAGUAUUGAACAUACAGGAGGGCCUACUUCUUUAGUGGCUGCUUCAGAAACUGUUUGGGAAAUUUUUUUUAAAUUUUACUUCAAAAAAUUGUAG